AACUACCGGAAAUAAAGGAGCGGGGUGCGGAGCAGGUGAAGGAGAGAGAGAGAGGAGUGAGAGGAGUGAGAGAGUGAGGAGUGAGAGAAGAGAGAGAGAGAGAGAGAGUAGAAGAAGAGAAGCUGCACAGGAACACAAAACAACUUCUGGGAGAAAAACAAAGAAGAUUUUUUAUUUCUAAUUCUGAGGCUUUUAUUGUGUCGCGGUGCGCGCGGAGGACGUGUUUGAGCGCAGGUGGGAGGAGGGCGCGCUGCGUGUGACUCACCAGGAGUCACUCGAUCAACCGGAUCCAGAAAAGUGAGUUCAGCUUCUUUUUUAAUUCUCAUUUUCCCUCCGGAGCUCCUCGGGACUCCGAUUGAAGACGCUACUCCAGCGCCUCGGACUUCGAACUGGAUCCCUCCGGUCUUCACCCGUCCAGCGGAUGGCAUGCCGAUCCCCAACUCACCUGAUAGGGCGAGUCUGAAUGGCGCCCUAGUCCUUCGCCACCGCUCACCGUCUGCAACGCCGCUCUACCCCUCCUCCGCCCCAGCUCCUCUCUGAUCGCACGUCCACCCCAUAUCUCAACAUGGAUACACUGACCGAUGACGAAGAGGGAUGCUACCGAGACCGCAACGUCACUUUUUUCUAUGAGAAGAGCGGCAAGAACAUCAGCGCACACUGGCGCGAUCGUGACUAUGUGAUCGUCUCUAUGGGAAUGGCGGUCUGCUUCAUUGUGAUCUUUUCCAACCUUCUGGUCAUUGGGGCCAUUUUAAAAAACAGACGCUUUCACUUUCCCAUCUACUACCUGUUGGGAAAUCUGGCUUUGUCAGACCUCUUCUCAGGUAUCUCCUACCUCCACCUGAUGUUUCACACUGGUCCCUGGACCAUCAAACUGUCCAAGUACCAGUGGUUUGUGCGACAGGGGCUGAUCGACACCAGUCUGACGGCCUCGGUCCUCAACCUGCUGGCCGUGGCCGUGGAGCGUCACCAAACCAUCUUCAACAUGCAGCUGCACAGCAAGAUGAGCAAGCGGCGGGUCUUCAUCAUCAUGGUGUUCAUAUGGCUGGUGGCGAUAAUCAUGGGCCUGGUCCCCACCAUGGGCUGGCACUGCCUCUGCGACCUGCCCAACUGCUCCACCAUGGCGCCGCUGUACAGCCGCAGCUACCUGGUGUUCUGGGGCGUCCUCAAUCUCCUGACCUUCUCCAUCAUGGUGGCCGUCUACACCCGCAUCUUUCUCUACGUCAGGCACAAGAGCAAGCAGAUGUCACAGCACACGUCCCAGAUGAGACACCGAGAGACGGUGUUCAACCUGAUGAAGACCGUCUCCAUGAUCCUAGGCUGUUUUGUGAUCUGCUGGACGCCCGGCCUGGUGGUGCUGCUGCUCGACGGCUUGGGCUGCGAUAAGUGUGAGGUGCUGCGCUUCGAGAAGUACUUCCUGGUGCUGGCCGAGUGCAACUCCUUCGUCAACCCCAUCAUCUACUGCUUCAGGGACAAGGACAUGCGGAGGACCUUCAAGGAGAUCCUGUGCUUCCCGUGUCGGCGUGGCAGGAAUCCCCAGGACGCCGCUGGGACUCACUUUAACACCCUGGACCACGAGACCUAUAGGUCUCGUUCUGAGAUGCCGAUACAGAGGGGCAACGGGACGCGUCUCAUCCAGAAAGGCUCGGAAGACGCACCUACCUCCUCGGACAACUGGAGUUAAACUUAAACAACGGUGAACUUUCAACAGAGAGAGAGAGGGGGAGAGAGAGAGAGAGAGAGGACGUGUACCAGCAAAUCUGCCGAUCUGUGCGUGCUCACAUAAACAAACCUCAAAGUCUGUUCGUCCUCAGUCGACAGGCUGUUUAUUCUGUGUAUUGGAUCUUUACGUCUGCUGGCGGAGAAGACUUGUUUGGUUAAUGUCUUUGUUAAAGACAAAAGAAAAUGGAUCAGCUUUCUAAUAUCAGACGUUUGAAGCGAGUGGCUCAUUCCUGCUCUCGUUGCUGAAGCUUUUACACAACAUGGGGGAAACUGACAUUUCCUGUUUGGACGUAAACAACCUGCCAGGUUCCCCCUCCCCCCGACCGGACGGCGGUAGAAGACGACGCUAACAUCCGCUGAACAACUGGAACAUGUCGGCACAGAAGAAACAUCUCACAGCAGAAGAAUGUGGAGUUACAAGGCCAGCUGCAGGCGGCGUCAUGUUUAAUGUCAGUUACCAGUUUAUUAGGUACACCUGACUAAAACUCCUGCAGUCCUGCCCCGGCGCUGGCGACGCCCAGUGGUUGGAGACGUUUGUUUUUUGUGCUGUCCCACCGUCCAAGUCUUGUGUGAACAUGAUAUUUCAAGACCGCCCUGAGGAUCAACUGGUGUAGAUGUUGGUGGUCACAGGUCAAGGUCACUGUGACCUCACAAAACCAUUUUCUUUUUGCCUUGUGAACACAAUAUCGUAAUAAAGCCUUGAGAGAAUCUUGUAAAAUUGUACACAAACAUUCACUUUGACUCACAGAAUAACUGAUUUAGGUUUGGAUGCUCAAAGGUCAAAGGUCAAGGCCUCACCAAACAUGUUUUUUCCCAAGGGGAUUUCUUCAUAUUGUCCCCAGUUGUCACUUGGACUCGAAGGUGAACUGAUCAGAUUUCAGUGGUGAAAGUUAACACCUGGAGCUGCACUGGUUGGCGGAGACAUAACCAAUCAUUUUAGUGGUAAAUAUUUAAAGGUGAUGUUGGUUCAUCUUUAUCAUAAUUUUGGAGGCUGCAGUUUGUGUUGCUGCGUUGCACAGGGAGGUGUUUUUUACUUGUCCUGCUCUCGUUGAUUUAAAGGGAGUUAAUCUAUAAUCUAUUCUAUCUAUAAAUGAUAGAAAUCCCACUGCAGUAUAAUGCAAUAAAUGAACUUCAGUCUCCAGAACGAUUACACGGUUAUAAAGUUAAUACAAACUAAAUCUGACCUUUGUAACCUUCGUGCAGGAGAAUUUAUCUGUUUGCUUAUAAACUGAAACCGGAGUGUGUGUAUAGAAUCAGUGGAAAUCAGGUUUCAUGUGCACAAAGUCACUGAGGCUCAUAGAAGAGAUGCUCUAUAUACACAGUACUUUUAUAAAGGGGAUUUUAUAAAGGGAGUUAACAGACGGAUUUGUUAACGGUUGAUUAAAGCCUUGACGUCACUUUCUCAUAGUGUCAUAGAACAUGUGGGUUUCCAGGUUGUGUAGCUUGCUCAGUGUUUCCAACCAAACCUCCUACAUUCGUGCAGGAAAACCCGUCUUAACAAAGAACAUAAUAUCUACUGCUGCUCUUGUUUUAAUCUAGAAAAUGUUCCAAUCGCCUUUUUAAGACCUUGUUUCUCUCGGUCGGUCUGACUUCAGGCCCGAGUUCUGCUUGGUCCAAAUUGGAUUUUCUUUGUUUUGCGAAACUAAACUUAUCAGCAGUGGCAUUAAUGUUAUUACAUAAACUGCAUUAUUCAGUUUCAUUGUUAAAACUGUUAAAUUGAAGACCUCUAAAAGUUAGUUAAAGAAUUAUGAAAAUGUACAGCCUGGAAACAAAACAUAUUCACGUUUUAUAACAAAUCUAAAAGCAUCAUAACAUGAUUUGUCUUGUAAAGUUUAAACUUGUCUUUUUCAGAAAGUGGUUCCUGGAGCCCACUGAUCAUUUCUUCUCUAACAAAUCAGAUCACCUUCAUCCUCAUCUUCCCCUUCAUGCGUGAAGUGUGUCUCUCGCUCGCACUCUCUCACUUUCUGUGUUUGUUGGGGUUGUUUUAUUGUGAAGGUGAACUUCCUGUGCUGCUGUGUUUUGGGUCCAGCUCUGUUUCUGUUCUUAUUCAAGUAAAAUAUCACAAAAUAAAAUAUGAAUAUGUACAUGUUUGUUUUAGUUACUAAUGAACGCUAAUCAUCUUCUCUGUCUUAUGAUUUCUGGCUUAAUUGUAAUUUAAGAGUUUGGCACUUAUGUUGGUUUUACCCUCAAAAAAAGGGGGAGAGACAAAUCUCCUGAUGUUAUUAUCAAUGAUUUAUUUUUUUAAUUUUACUGUAGAUUUUACUCUGUCGAAUGAGAUUGUGUUUGUGCCAUUUAUACACAAUGUGUUUAUAAACUGUUCCGUCCUCACAUUUUUAUUGUAGUGUUUUCGCUCUGUCCUGUAAAUCGCCUCUGAGCUGGAAUGACACAAAACGCCUUUGUUAAAUGUUUGUGAUGUAAAACUGUAUUUAUGCUCAUUCUGUGGAUAUUUUCUGCACUUAAACAGAUUAACACCUUUUUAAAGGAAAAACUUUUUUUUUUAAUUUUUCAUUUACCAGCUACAAUCAUUUCCUUUUUGUAACGUGCGACUGAGUAAACAGCAGCGAUGUGACGCUUCACGUUAAAAUGUGCUGCAGCUGAUUAAUGUCGCGUAAACUGACAAAUUUUAGAUGUUGAUGUUGUGUUUCAGUUUCCUGUGUCUCGUUCAUAGACAGAUUUAUAAAGAUGGACGACGCCUCUGCACAUCCGCGCCGUUGUAGAAACAUGAAGCUAAAACAUCCCGAGUGCCAAUACACGUCUGUCAAUCACAAUGUUUAAUCCCGUUUAUUUUAAAUGGUCAACCGAUCACCCACUAACAUGGAGGAGAAAGGGUUGGUGACGGAUACUGCAACCAGCCACAAGGGGGCGAUCAAGAUUCACUUUUGAGGAAUCCGUCAUGUCGUCCAUCUUUAUUUACAGUCUGUAGUCUCACGCUGCACCGAGACAACCCGACAGUGACGUCAUUAAAAAACCUUGAAUGUC